GGUGUGCGAAUUUUGGGCGUGAAAGCGUCACUCCACACUCCACAGAGAGUUCUUCGUCCCCAAACCACCGCAACCGACCACCAACUGCCGCCGCCGCCGGAUAGACCGAAGCAGGCCGACGCCGGAGAUUAUUAUGAAUAUGUACAGAGAUGUGUCGGCGUGUUACACAUACAAUUACGGCGACGCCCUCUACUGGGACGCCCGUUACAUUCAGGAUGCCGGCUCCUUGUACGAUUGGUACCAGCGCUACGCCGCCCUCCGCCCUUUCGUCCGCAAGUACAUCCCCACCUCUUCCCGCGUCCUCAUGGUCGGUUGCGGGAAUGCCGUUAUGUCAGAGGACAUGAUUAAGGAUGGAUAUGAAGACAUAAUGAACAUUGAUAUUUCCUUGGUGGCCAUUGACCUGAUGAGAAGGAAAUAUGAACAUGUUCCCCAGCUAAAAUACAUGCAAAUGGAUGUUAGGGAUAUGAGCUUCUUCCCAGAUGAAUCAUUUGAUGGUGUCAUUGACAAAGGAACUCUUGAUUCAUUGAUGUGUGGUGUUGAUGCUCCAAUUAGUGCUGCUCAAAUGCUGGGUGAAGUGUGCAGGCUUCUUAAACCCGGAGGAAUCUACCUGCUGAUAACUUAUGGCGAUCCCAAAGUGAGGAUUCCUCAUUUGAGCAGACCUAUAUACAAUUGGAAAAUUGAAUUGUACAUUAUACCCAGGCCAGGAUUUCAGAGACCGGCCGGUUCUACUACUACCAGGUCAUACUUGGAGCCCAUUCCUACCACCGAAGAGGGCCUACUUCCUGCAGACUUUGUUUUGGAAGAUCCAGAAUCUCAUUACAUAUAUGUGUGCAGAAAGAUGGAUGAAACAACAGAUUUAGAUCAUAUGCACCCCCACUUGUUGACAAGUGAUGUGUUGUAACAUAGUGAAUGAGGAGGUGGGGAGGCCGGUUUUGACGCUUUACCGUCAAUUUUUUCUGAAACCCGGCACAUGAUAUUAUUGCUGCUUGCCUUUACAAUACAAUACCAUUAGACAUUAGUUGUUAGGUUUGGUUGGGGCUACCUUACCUACCUACCUACCUACUACCUGUGCUUUGGGCAGAGGUGAUAAGUGUUGGGUUGUGUUUGGAUUGGAUUGGAUAGAUUCCUUCUUACCAAUAAAUAAUGUGGGGAAGAAGAAUGGAAUGAAAUUCCCCCACAGUAGUAUAUUUUAUUUUAUGGAAAAGAAAGAAUUGCCUCUCCGGGAGGUUAUAAAUGCUUGAAUUGUUUUUA